AUGGAGGGCGCGCGGCCUGGCGGGGCCCCCCCCGGGGCCGGGCCCGGCUCCUUCCCCGCGCUCUUCCCCCCGGGGCUGCACGGCAUCUACGGCGAGUGCCGCCGCCUCUACCCCGAGCAGCCCAACCCGCUGCAGGUCACCGCCAUCCUCAAGUACUGGUUGGGGGGACCAGAUCCUCUGGACUACGUUAGCAUGUACAGGAACUUGGGAAACCCAGCAUUGAAUGUUCCUGAGCACUGGCAUUAUGUCAGCUUUGGGUUAAGUGACUUGUAUGGAGACAACAGAGUUCACGAAUUUACAGGAACGGAUGGGCCAAGUGGUUUUGGAUUCGAGUUGACGUUUCGACUAAAGAGAGAAACAGGGGAGUCAGCGCCACCUACAUGGCCGGCAGAGUUAAUGCAAGGCUUAGCCAGAUACGUCUUCCAGUCAGAAAAUACCUUCUGUAGUGGCGACCAUGUAUCAUGGCACAGUCCUUUGGACAACAGUGAAUCCAGAAUCCAGCAUAUGUUGCUGACUGAAGAUCCUCAAAUGCAACCAGUACAGACCCCUUUUGGGGUUGUUAAUUUCCUACAGAUCGUUGGGGUUUGCACUGAGGAGCUGCAUGCAGCACAACAGUGGAACGGACAGGGGAUCUUGGAGUUGCUUCGGACUGUGCCCGUUGCUGGAGGCCUGUGGCUGAUAACAGAUAUGCGAAGAGGAGAGACCAUAUUUGAGAUUGAUCCGCAUCUGCAAGAGAGAGUCGAUAAAGGAAUUGAGACAGAUGGCUCGAACCUGAGUGGAGUGAGCGCCAAAUGUGCCUGGGAUGAUCUGAGCCGGCCCCCAGAGGAUGACGAAGAUAGUAGAAGCAUUUGCAUUGGAACGCAGCCACGACGGCUGUCUGGGAAAGAUACAGAGCAAAUCAGGGAGACUUUGCGGAGAGGGCUUGAGAUUAACAGCAAACCUGUUCUACCUCCAAUAAACGCACAAAGACAGAAUGGGUUGAACUAUGAUCGAGCACCAAGCCGUAAGGAUAGUUUAGAGAGUGAGAGCUCAGCAGCUAUCAUUCCUCACGAGCUAAUCCGCACAAGACAGCUUGAGAGCGUGCACCUGAAAUUCAACCAGGAGUCUGGAGCACUGAUUCCACUUUGUCUAAGGGGCAGGCUGUUACAUGGACGGCACUUUACAUAUAAAAGUAUUACAGGGGAUACAGCAAUCACAUUUGUAUCGACAGGAGUAGAAGGAGCCUUUGCUACAGAGGAGCAUCCUUAUGCAGCACAUGGGCCUUGGUUACAAAUCCUGUUGACUGAAGAGUUCGUAGAAAGAAUGCUGGAAGACUUAGAAGAUCUGACUUCUCCAGAGGAAUUUAAACUUCCAAAAGAGUACAGCUGGCCUGAAAAGAAACUGAAAGUCUCCAUCUUACCAGAUGCUGUGUUUGACAACCCUCUGCAUUAG